GCUGAAAACUUCAGAUCGGCUCGUAUUCCACCCACUUGUCGGAGUCACAAGGUUCUUAUUGACUGAUUGACGCGAGGGUGUCUGUAUAAGAUAUCGUUCGUCGCUACCGGUUACACCGCGGGCAGGCCCAGGACGAACCAUCGCAACGAAUAUCUCGAUGAUCGCAACCAUAGUGGACCAAUGGGUCCCACUCGGCCUCGGUCUUCUCUUCUGCUAUGCGGUGUGGUCGGUUAUCUUCAACCUGUAUUUCAGCCCACUGGCAAAGUAUCCGGGCCCUUUCUUCGCCCGGAUCUCUGCAAUUCCCGAUUUCUACUGGUCUCUAACGGGCGAGCGCCAUCUGUGGAUUGAUCACAACCACCGUGUCUAUGGCGACGUGAUUCGUCUUCGCCCAGACGGCCUGCUGUUCAAGACCCCCACGGCCUAUCGGGACAUCUUCAACAUCAAGGCCAAUGUCAAACGAUCGGCGUUCUACGACAUGCUAACCCGACACAAGCAUGAUCAGAGCACCCUCACCGGUACGGACCCUGUCGGACAUGACCAGAAACGGCGGGUGUUGAAUACCGUCUUCUCCGAAAAGUCACUUCGCUCGAUGGAUCCGCUUUUGGAGAGGCAUGUAGCGCGGUGGUGUGAGCUCUUGAUCGAUGGCGAUGGAUCAGAAUGGUCUGCCCCGAGGAAGAUGUCUGAGACGUGUGAUUAUCUCGUUCUGGACGUACUCUGCGACCUUUGUUUUGGGCGGGCUGUCAACACCAAGGAGCCUGGCAAGAACGAGUACCGCGAGAUCCCUCACAUCAUUGCCGGGUUUCUUCGUAUCCUGUAUCCGUUGGGCCACUUCCCAUGGGUCAAUGCCCUUGUCUGGCUUAAACCUCGGGGUCUCGACUGGCUCCUGAACCAGCUGACGCCUGGCCCCGUGCGCUUUCUGUACAAUUUUGUGACGGAAUCUGUGGAGCGAAGACUUCAAAUGGAGUCCAACGACGAGAUGGAAGCCAAGCGUCCGGACAUGUUGCAUUACCUUAUUCACGCGAAGGACCCGAAGACCGGUCUCCAAGGAUACGCGCGCCACGCGCUAGAAGCCGAAGCCAUCAUGCUCACCAUAGCAGGCUCAGACACCACAUCCGUGAUCAUGGCCGGGUUCUUCUUCUACAUCGUCCGCAACCCCCACGCAUAUCAGCGGCUUGUGUCUGAAAUCCGUAGCACGUUUGUCUCUGCUGAUGAGAUCAAGGGGGGUCGCAAACUUCUCUCCUCCUGCCCGUAUCUCCGGGCUUGCGUUGAUGAGGCAAUGAGGAUUGCACCAGCCGGUCCGGCCGAGCUGCCCCGAGCCGUCUUACCUGGUGGCAUUACUAUAGACGGUGAGUAUAUCCCUCAAGGGACGACCGUGGGGGUCGCUCACUGGAGCUUCUAUCGCAAUGCGAAAUAUUUCACCGACCCGGAUAACUAUCGACCCGAGCGGUGGAUUGUGGAUCCAGCAGCAGGCAUCUCUGCUGAUGAUGUCGCUCGGGCAAGAUCGAGUUGCUUUCCCUUUACGGCUGGAACGACCAGCUGUGCGGGCAAGUCGUUCGCUCUGUUGGAACUGUAUUUGACCAUCGCGCGGACAUUGUGGCUGUAUGACCUGCGCCUACUACCGGGCGAUACGACUGGCACUGGCAAGCAAGGCCAGGGCCGAGGAAUUGCGGGAGGCCAAGACGUGUUUUGCGUCUAUGAUAGCUAUAUCAGUAUCCGGGAUGGGCCGAUGGUUCAGUUUCGCAAAAGGGCAGAUCCCGCGGAGCUGUAGAUUUGUGUGGAUUUGGAAAUCCUGGAAUAAUAGGUCUCGUGGUGUGUGCUUUGGAGAAAGAUAGGGAGAGAGGAAUAAGCCUGCUAAUAUGCGCGUGAUGUUGCAAUUGCCAAUGAUGCUCAGGCGUUCCUGUCGUUCCAAGUCCGGUCGAAAACAUUGAUGCUGCGUUGUGCUAAAAAUAGCUCUAGCCUACCAUCCUUACGAUAGCCAUGAAUGGCUUAUAACGUACCUGAAGGAAC